AUGAUCAACUUUCAAGUAUUAGCUUACCUACACCCAGAGUUUCAUAGUAUACCGUCUUCAAUCAUCUUCAAUAGAACGAUGGAAAAGAAAAAAAAGGUCUUUUGUGCAACAAACAAGCGGACUUGAAGUGCAAUAGUCUUCCAUUUUUCACCGUCGCGGUGUUUAGUGUGUCUUUUUCCCUGUUUUUUUUACUUUGAAUUCCCCGCAACUAUUUCACACCAUGGCAACCACUCAUUUGACUGACGAUUGCAUUUUCUGCAAGAUUAUCAGAGGAGAGAUUCCUUCUCACAAAGUGGCUGAAACCGACAAGAGUUACUGCUUUUUGGAUAUCAAUCCUUUGAGUGAAGGACAUGCUCUUGUGAUUCCCAAAUAUCACGCGCAAUUCUUCCACGAACUUCCCGAUGAUCAUUUGGCGGAUCUAUUGCCAUUGGCAAAGAAGGUGGCUGUGGCGAGCGGAUUAGAUCAAUAUAAUUUGUUGCAGAACAAUGGUGCAAUGGCUCAUCAGGUGGUGCCUCAUGUUCACUUCCACAUCAUCCCGAAGCCAAGCCAAGAGCAAGGCUUGAAGAUCGGAUGGCCUCAACAGCAGCCUUCUCAAGAUGAUUUGAAGAAAACGCUGGGUCGUAUCAAGGAGAAAUUGUGAACACGUUGUUCCAUGUCAAAACAGACCUAAAAAUGUAGAAAGUGCAGAAAGAUUUUUGAUUGGAGGAGAAUCGUGAGAAAGUAGGACUGGUAAUUCGCGGAUUUUUUUUUCUCAAUAAAAAUCCCCAGAUUGGGAAAUCCAGUAUUUAG